UAACUGUAGCAACGGUUUGUUUACACACAGACCUUGAGAUCAUUCUGGUUCAUUCAUUUCAGACAAGAUAGGCAACACUUUUCAACUUUCUGGGCACGGAAAGGAGAUAAGUGGUUUUUUGUUCCACACUCCAGAAUAUCAGAGGAGAAUGUCUCGGCUGAUGGAACCUCCAACCAAGUUCUUUCCUCCAGAAUGGAGACGUGCAAACCAAAUCAUGUAUGAUAGUGCGGAGGCUGAGCGGGCACGGUCUGAACGACUCUCGGCAGAGAGCCGGAGGUUGAUGGAGGAGAGUGAUAAGAUCUCUAAACGCAUGCAACUGGAUGCCAAACAGAAACUGGAGCAAAGAAUCAAUGACAUCAAGUUCUGGAGGACCGAGCUGGACCGGAAACUGGAGGAGACAGUUCAGGAGAUUGAAAACCUGAUAACCUGUAAGAGCCGGGUGGAGAGAGCUUUGGAGAGCUGCUCCGAGCCCCUCAGAGUCGUCCUGCAGUGCCUGGCGGAGAGACAGAGGCGUGUUUCCACUGACCUGGUGCACGAUGAGGUGGAACAGGAACUGAUGAAGGAGAAGGAGGUGAUUGAGGGCGUGACAUCUCUGCUGCAACGCACCCUGGAACAGACCAAUGAACAGAUCCGAUUGAACCGCUCUGCCAAGUACUACCUUGAAAAGGACCUCCGGGACAAAUUCCAAGCAGAGAGGAUUGAUGAUUUCUGCUCUGUUCUCACCAACACCUCCCCGAGUAUUGACAACGUGACCAAACACAUGGAGUUGGCAGUACCAGGGGCCACUGUGACUCCGGAGGAGUGGGAGACCUUCUCUAACAUCAACAUCGUCAAAGCAGAGAGGGAGAAGAACAACGCACUAUCUCUGAGGGCUCUGGUGGAGAGUCUGCUGGACCAGACGGCCGGCGACAUGCGGAGGCAGCACGGUGCCACGAGCAUGGCCCUCCGCCUGCAGGUCCAGGAGAAAAAGAGGGCCAAGGGACACCUGGAGGACCACCUGGCCGAGGUCCUGUCGGAGGUGACUAGUCAGGAGAGGAACUUGGAGGCCCUGCGUGUGGCCAUCGCCGAUAAAGAGGGACCGCUGAAGGUGGCCCAGGCUCGGCUGUCUGCCCGUGGCCAGAGACCAAGCGCCGAACUCUGCCAUGACCCGGCCCAGGUUCGCCUGCUUUCAGAGGUCAAGGAGCUCACUGCACACAUCAAGAGACUGCAAGAAGUCCAGGCCCAGUCAGAGAUGGAGCUACGGGCCCUGACCCACUCCCAGCUGGCCCUGGAGGAGGAGAUCCAGAUCAAGUCCCACUCCCUCUACAUCGACGAGGUCAUCUGUACCCAGCUCCGCCAGCCCGUGUCCAUCCACAGCUUCUGAAUGCCCAUCCCAACCCCGCGGCUUGCCUGGCUCUUCACGUCUUGCAUUAGACGAUGUGGUACCAGACUGGACCACGCUCUUUGGCUAAUCCACGCAUGAGGCAUGCUGGACUUUUCUAAUCAAACCGGGCCAUUUUACUGAAUAAAAGACACGUCAUGAUGGUUAAAGAAA